UUAUCCUUUUUUUUUUCUCAGGUACAAUUGGUGUGACAAACAUUGGGUUUCUUAUUUAUAAAUCAAAUUUACAUAGAUGACAGAAGAAGAAACCCAACCCUUGUUAACCACAAAUAAGCAAGAGAGCUUCCGUGAUCUUAAGGAACAUUGGAAACCCCUCUGUUCUGCUUUCUUUAUCAGUAUCGUUGCUGGCCUUAACGAUGGUAGUUUGGGUGCCAUUAUUCCUCGUCUUAAGCAAUACUACGAUGUGCCUAAUGAAACGAUUUCCUUGUUGUUCUUAUGUUCUGCUUGUGGAUUCUUUUUAAGUGCCGGUUUAAACGGAACCAUCGUGCAUCGCAUUGGUCAGUUGAAUACUCUGUAUCUUGGUUCUUGUACGAUGUUUGUUGCCUUUAGCAUCUUGUCGCUGGGUCUUCCAUUCCCUAUCAUGGCAUGUACUAUGCCAUUUGUAGGUGCUGGUAUGGCAUUACUAGAUGCUGCCAUGAAUGUAUUUGUUGCUAAUUUGCCCCUGGCUACACUCAUGUUGAAUAUUUUACAUGCCAUUUAUGGUGUAGGUGCUAUGAUUAGUCCAUUGGUUGCCUCCGUCUUACUCAAGCAUGACAUCAGUUGGAAAGGCAUGUAUAUGUUCUUGACUGUGGUAGGUCUGUUGAAUGUCACUGGUAUUGCUGUCGGAUUUAAGCAGGUUGUUCUAGACGAGCAUAAGGAUGAUGACAGUAGUGACGCUAAACCAGAUCAUGGUGAGCUCACCAAACGUGCUAUUCUAAACCGAGUGACGUUGGUUGGUGCUGUUUACAUAUUGGUGUAUGUGGGUGUAGAGGUCACAUUAGGUGGCUGGGGAUAUACGUUUUUGCGAGAAGGACGAGGCGGUGACAAGAUUGCCAUGGCCCAAGUGGUGUCUGGCUAUUGGGCAGGAUUAGCCAGUGGACGUAUCUUGUUAGGCUAUCUCUCCAGCCGAUUUGGUGAAAAACUCAUGAUCAGUUUAUUUACCAUUAUGAUCAUUGUUGGUUUGUUCUUGAUGAUGAUCUACAAGGAUAUUGUGUUGAAUUCAACAGUGUUUGUGACGCUUGGGUUAUUGUUGGGUCCCAUGUUUCCUACGACGGUUUCGUUGGCUUCCAAAGCAUUACCUCGAAGCUAUCAUGCUACUUCUAUUGGGUUUAUGGCUGCUUUGGGUGCAGGUGGAGCUGCUUUGUUUCCCUUCUUGACUGGACAAGUAGCCGGUCAUUAUGGUAUUCUUAUCAUGCCAGCUGCUUGUAUUGCCAUGUCUGUUCUAAUGCUUGUGCUUUGGGUCUUUAUUCCCUCUGAUAGACCUUUCUUUGGUGCAUGUCAAUAAAAAAAAUUUUUUUCGGAUCAAGAACACAAGUGUAGUACAACAGAAAUAUGAUAAGGUAUAAAUGCACUAUCUAAAAAGUUUAUUUUUUCUUUUUUUGUGCAAACAAAUGAUUUUAGAGUUUUGUACAUUAUUGCUGAGCGCAUAUGUUUUCGCCAAAUUAUAUCCUACACAGAAUGGCUCGGUUUUUAAGAAAAAGAAUGAUGAUAAAGUGAGUAACAUAUAUGUUCGAUUCAAAGCGAUAUAGACUAUCUAGGAUAAAUUAGAUUUGAUGAUUAUGAAAAUUAGUAUAUAUUUCUUAAUACAAGCUAUAAUAAAAGCAACCUUUUUUUCUAUGAA